ACCGAGGAAGACUCAAACAUCUACCUUUCUAUCUGGAUGUUAUUCGUCCUUCUGAUCCCAACGACACCUUAAAGGUGGACAUCUGAGACAACAUGAUCAACUGUGAGCUUCCCCCUCCAUUAGGCUAUGGGUCAGCUGGAGGAAGUGUGUUGGUUUCUGAGCUGCCGACACAAACACACACUCUGACAGCCAUGCCUCAGAGACCCUCCCACCACAGAAGGAAAGCCAGCACAGCCACUGCUCCGAGGAUGGAGAGAAGACGGAGGGAGCACAACCACCGCUCCAAGAAACUGUCCAUGAUUUCCAGAUCCCUGAUCCUGUGUCACUCCAAGACUCAUGAUGAUGUCCUAGAGGACAGACACGCUGGCCAAGCAUCGGAUGCUUGCAGGUCUGCACGGGGUCAGAGCUGGUGGACUGCCAAGGAUCAUUCAGAGGAUGGAGAUCUACCAGACAGACAGCCAUCAUCCACAGAGAGAAGAGGCAGUGAUGCAGACACACAGAAUCAAACCAGCACGCUCAGGGAGAAUAAACGAAGCAUCAUGAGGUCCUUCAGCAUCAAGGACAGUAGCAUCUGGAGGAUGUGUGUAACCUCAGGACCCAGUGAUGAGGUGAAUGAAGUGGCCAACGGCAGCAUCCAGACUGAUGAGUCGCCUCACCUGCACAGACGCUGCAGCCUUUUGAGUCCAGACAAGCUGGUACCUUUUAAUGGACAGUUUCUGAACAGCAGAGCCUGGAUGGAUGGGGACACAGCAAAGAGCUGCUCUGAGGAUGUUUCUAGAUGUGAUGAUGCUCCUCUCCAUCCAGGUAUUGAUCCUCAUCCUGAUGCUCUGCUGUUGCAUGGAUACACAGAUAAAGACCUAGUAUCCAACAACAACCACCUGAAGUUAGCCAUUCCUGAAGUGAAUGAAGACAGAUGCUGGGACAGAGCACAGAGCCCCCCAGGACAGAUGUCCAGCAGCAGGACAUGCUCCACUUCAACCAGUGUGCAUCCUUACUGGAUCGGAGAUCUGGACAGCAUCAUCAUGAAGACUCCUGACUUGUACACCAGUCAUUCUCAUUGGAAUGGUGGUUUCAACGGAAACAGGAAGUCUCUGUCCCAGCACCUGGAGUUUCUUCACACCGACAAACAGCCUCUUCAUUGCCCAUCCCGCUCUCUCAGCUCCACCCAGCUGCUCAGCUCCUGCAGCAACAUCCAGGCCUUCAUCAUCUGCAAUAUUGUGCUGAUGAAGGGACAUGGCAAGGGUCUGGGCUUCAGUAUUGUAGGAGGAAGAGACAGUUUGUGUGGGCCGAUGGGAAUCUACGUGAAGACCAUUUUUCCUGCAGGAGCUGCAGCUGCUGAUGGGAGGCUGCAGGAGGGUGAUGAAAUCCUGGAGGUUAAUGGAGAGUCACUUCAAGGUCUGACUCAUGGUGAAGCUCUGCAGAAGUUCAAACAGAUAAAGAGGGGACUCCUGACCCUGGUGGUGAGGACCAGCCUUCGGUUUGGGGCCCGGUGGGGUCAGGAGCAGCUGUCCCAGCUGUGCAGGUCCCGCUCUCUCAGCUCCACAGCAGGCAUGGCGAGUGUCGGUGCUGACCACGGGGAAUUCACCUGCAGGAACACACUGAGCCUCCCGGGUCAGAAACCCAGAGACCGCAUCAUGAUGGAGGUCGUUCUGCAGAAAGAGACCGGAGUUGGUUUGGGUAUUGGCCUGUGCUGCGUCCCAUCAGAUAACGGCUACUCUGGAAUCUUCAUCCACACCCUCUCUCCUGGAUCUGUUGCACACAUGGAUGGCAGACUGCGGACUGGGGAUGAGAUCACGGAGAUCAACGACACUCUGGUGUCCAGCUUGCUGCUGAAUGACGUGUACUCAGUUCUGAGUCAGUGCACACCCGGUCCGGUUCACAUCAUCAUAAGCCGACAUCCUGAUCCUGAAGUUUCUGAACAGCAGCUGAAUGAUGCCAUUUCUGAGGCAGUGAAGAAGAGCAAACUGAGGAUGGAUAAGAGCCAGUGGAGCAUUGAUGAAAUAUGUGGAGGGGACUCUUCGUCUCAGAGCCAACAGAGGUGUGAACACUGUCUGGAGAGAAAUUUCAGUCAUGUGACCGUCCAGCAAACACCGAACACCAUGACCCGGUACUGCAGCAACAACACCAACAACCAUCAGCACAAGUGUGUCACCAUUCGCAACCACCACAACACUCAUCAGAACUCACUGGCUGCCGUCCACAGCGUAGAUAAGUCUGUGGCAGAAUUCUGGUCCGAGAACAGACGGUCCAUUCCUGUUUACCCAGAUGAUGACUACAUCGUCCCCUACAACUCUCCUGCUGCAAAACUGUCCAUUCAACUGGCCCUCAACCUGGUCCACAACAAGGAAAGAGAACAAACGACAGAACAGUCAGGAGGAAGAAGAGAAGUAGUUUCCAAUCAUCGAGACACUGCAGAGUCGACCAGCAACCAGCAACACACAGGUGACUCGUUCUUUGUAAUCUCCUCUAAACCAAAGAGAAGAGCUCUGAGAAGACAGCCGUGCAUUGAUCAGCUCGCACCAGAUAAACUCCAGGAUCCCUGGGUUCGCCUUUCAAACACUAAGGCCCACCAAGUUAACCAGGACACUCCUGAUCCCCCACAGCUGGUCAACCUUAACCAGCUGGUCCACACGCACAGCAUCCCUACCAUGGCUGAUGAAGACAACGUCCCUGAGCUAAAUGGCACAACCACAGAUCCUCCAUCCAACACAGUUCACGAUCCUUCAGGACCAAAGAGGGCUCCCCCAGUGGCCCCCAAGCCUGCUUGGUUCCGGCAGAGUCUAAGGAAAAUCCAGGAGAACCAGGACCAGAGGAAGCCAGCCAAAAGUUUAGAUCAGAAGCCUGCAGCCAGCUCCAGGAGAAGCUUUGAGGGAAUGUCUUCCUCAUCUUCAGGCAACAUGUCCAUUAAACAGAAGAUUCACUCAUUUGAGACGUUUUCUAGUCCAGAAACUCAGUCAGGAAGCAGCAGGAGAUCUGCUGCACCUCCCACCUCACUUCCUGUGGUGGAGGACACAGGCAGUCCAUGUCCUCCAUUUCCAGUAGAUCAUGAAGAUCACGAGAAGUGCAAACAUGAAUUUACCAACGAAAUGCAGACAAAACAGGAAAACAACAGAUCUGUCACCUCAUUAUCUUCUGAAAGUUGUCCAGAUGAAACCUCUGAAAAGCGUACUCCUUCCACUCAGCCACCCUCAGAUCUCCAAUCUGAGAUAAAUGAUUCUUCUCAAGUACUCAAAGAGGACAAAGUCUUAAUAUCCCAGAAUGACCCAGAAGAAGUGGAUAUAAGCAGCUCCACAAAGUCCAAGACCGAACUCCCUAUGGAACCAAUGAGAUCCGGGGAAAACGAAGCAGAAAGAGGCUUUGAUGGGAGCAGAGAACCCGGAAAACUGCUGAGGGCAGACCCAAGUUCUGCUCCACCUACAGAGAGUCAGGAGGGAAGAGAUUUUGGGAAAGUCAUCGUCUUCAGUAACCAGGUUUCUCAAGCAUUAAUGCGUUCCCCUCCUGGUUUCCAUCAUGGUGAAAAAAUGGAGGAUGUUACCAACCCCCCAGAGUCUGAUCUGGGCCUGGACAGCACCAGCAAAGCAUUUUCUGUCAGUCUGGCAGCUUUGAGGGAAUGUACCAUUGAACGAGGGGAGGCGGGAUCUGAACCAUCCGUCACUUCAGCAACUGCUCACUCUGUCAUCUCAGUCAUCCCUUCACAGGAAAUCCAAGAGAUGAUCCAGGAAGUAAAAACUUUAGAUGAUGACACUCUCAAGCAACUGCUUGACAUCCAUGUAGUGAUUCUGCAUAAAGAGGAGGGUGCUGGGCUCGGCUUCACCAUUGCUGGAGGAUGUGAUCUUGAAAGCAAAGCUCUAACAGUUCAUAAAGUGUUUCCCAGCGGCCUGGCGGCUCAGGAGGGAACCAUCCAGAAAGGAGAUGAAGUGUUGUCCAUAAAUGGACAAAUACUACAUGGUGCCACACACACCGAUGCCACUGCGGUUCUGCGUCAGGCCCGCAGCCCGAAGCUGGCCGUGGUCGUUGUCUGUAAGAGAACAGAGGAGGCGGUCGGAGACGAGGGGGGCAGCAGAGGAGAAGAUCCCCUCUCUGCAGUGGAGGAGCAUCAGGCCUCAGUGACCGUGGAGGUGCAGAAAGGUGUUGGGGGGGUCGGUUUUACUUUGGAGGGAGGAAAGGGCUCGAUCCACGGAGACCGGCCUUUGAUCAUCAACAGGAUCUAUAAAGGAGGAGCAGCAGAACAAAGUGGUUUACAGUGUGGAGACGAAGUUCUGCAGGUCCAGGGAGUCAGUCUGCAGGACAUGAGCCGGUUUGAGGCAUGGAACAUGAUCAAGGCUUUACCUGAAGAGCCCAUCACUGUGGUCAUCAGAAGGAGCCAGAAAGAUGCAGAGUGACCCCUCAACACGCUGUUCUUCCACCCCGACUUCUUCUGCUGUCUUACAGCCUCGUCAGUGGAAGAAGUGAGAGCAAACACAGAAAAGAAGAAGCCAUAUUUAAACAUGGAGAGUUUGUCAUUACGAUGAAUGAAAACAAGUUUAAUCCUGGACUGGUACAUGAUUUUAGGACAUUUAGUUAUUUUAUCACCUCUAAUGAUCAUAGAAACAAACACCCAGACACCUCCCAGACAUCUGAGAGGAAAAACUGUUUUUAUGCUCAAAUUCAGAAAGAACACAACUGCUUACUCUCAUGAUCACUUAUGAGGACAAAACCCAGAAAACACACAAGAAAAAAAAACAACAACAAAAAAAACACAUUAACGCUCCAGAGCCGAAUCCAUUUGCUUGUUUUAUAACUUCAGUCAUUGUGAAACUAAUUCAUCCAUGAGCCGGACUAACCUUUAACCAGUCACAAAUGAACAGACAUGACUGAGAUGAUGAUCUAUGAUGAAGAGAAAGAGAAAUGUGUUUUACUUGGUGUCUGAGUCCAGGAACAGAAGAAAGGUAUCAACCCUAGGAGUCCAGAGCUGCAGGAGGAGGACCAUCACCUUCAUCUGCAGAGGGGAAACUGUGUGGAGGGAUUAUUGGAUGGUAACUCUGGAAACCUGUAGCAGCACACAGUCUGUCAGCAGUAAGCCAAAAGUAUCUGAAUCCUGGUUCUCUUGUUGAAGACUCGGACCUUACGACACCCUGACAGGCGACAUGAAUGACUCCAGAGGAAAUCUCCAGAUUAAAACCACGUCUGUCUCCUCAUUCUCAACUGUUUUAUUUGUAAUUAUUUUUUUUCCAGGUCAGCAUCUGAUGUUGAACUGGUUUGCAACAUGAUCUGAGGUGAGGUGUGUUCUUUCUGUAUUAAAACCAGUUUGUGCUGGUUUCAGUGUUUGUGUUUAUAUCUCUGGAGUUCACUCAGUGCUGCAUGUAAUGCAUCUGUAAAUCUGGAUAAAAAUGACAUAAAUAAAAGAAAUUUAUGGGUA